AUGUGUUUCCUUGCAUCUCUCCACUUUUCUGAAAGCCUUGUGCAGGGAAUCCUCAGCUACUACUACAAGAGUGAUGCUGAGGUUGAACAGGACUCAGAACUGCAGAAGUGGAUUUCAGACAUUUUUGAACACGGAUUCCUUUCCAACGCAGACACAGGAAUUCCACAGAACCUUACCACAGUGGCUGAGAUGGUCAAGUUUGUCACCAUGGUGAUCUUCACCUGCUCAAUACAGCACGCAGCCAUGAAUUCUGGACAGUAUGACUAUUGUGGCUGGAUGCCCAACGCUCCCAGCUCCCUGCAACUUCCUCCACCAACCACCAAGGGGACAACAAGCAAGGCCACCAUGCUGCAGACGUUCCCUGAUGUCAACGUGACAGUGAAUGGAAUGUCCACCUUGUGGUUACUCAGCAAGCAGUCCUCUGACUUUGUUCCAUUUGGCCAGUACCCAGAGGACCACUUCAGUGAGGCGAUUCCCUGCAAGGUGAUUAAGGAUUUUCAAGGAAAGAUUGAAGUGCAAAGUGUCAUCAUCAAAGUCCGAAACGAUAGCCUUGAAGUCCCAUACACAUACAUGGAUCCAACAAAGGAAGAAAAUAGUGUGGCCAUUUGAGUAUGUUUGUGACCUCCCGCAGUUUUCAUGUGCAGCUUCAUAUUAUCAAAAAGAGUAAAGAAGAAACUGCAUGAUCAUUUGAACAUUAGAUGUUAAACUUUCA